UGCAAAACUACGGCGUCCCUCUCCGUCUCAGAAGCUGGCAGGUCGCUACCGUCCUGCCCCCGUCGCUCCCUCCGUCUUGCCUGCCUCGCAGUCUGAACUCCAGUCCGCACUACUUCUGCUAGUGUGUGUGUGUGUGCCGCUGCAGACUGGACUUAUGGCCUCGAUGUUGAGGUUCGACGGGAGGGUGGUACUGGUUACCGGCGCGGGGGGAGGAUUGGGCCGAGCCUAUGCCCUGGCUUUUGCAGAAAGAGGUGCAUCAGUUGUUGUGAAUGACCUAGGAGGGGACUUCACAGGAGUUGGCAAAAGCUCCUUUGCUGCUGAUAAGGUUGUUGAAGAAAUAAGGAGGAAGGGUGGAAAAGCAGUGGCUAACUAUGAUACAGUGGAAGAAGGAGAGAAGAUUGUGAAGACAGCACUGGAUGCUUUUGGAAGAAUAGAUAUUGUGAUCAACAAUGCUGGGAUUCUGAGGGACCGUUCAUUUAGUCGAAUAAGUGAUGGAGACUGGGAUAUAAUCCAGAGAGUUCAUUUGCGGGGCUCAUUCCUGGUGACCCGGGCAGCAUGGGAUCACAUGAAGAAACAGAACUUUGGAAGAAUCAUCAUGACUUCAUCAGCUUCAGGAAUAUAUGGCAACUUUGGCCAAGCAAAUUAUUGUGCUGCAAAACUGGGUCUUCUGGGCCUUUCAAAUUGUCUUGCAGUGGAAGGCAAGAAAAACAACAUUCAUUGUAACACUAUUGCCCCUGCUGCUGGAUCACGGAUGACCCAAACUAUUUUGCCUGAAGAUCUUCUGGAAGCCCUAAAGCCGGAUUACGUGGCACCCCUGGUCCUUUGGCUUUGCCAUGAGAGUUGUGAAGAAAAUGGUGGCUUGUUUGAGGUUGGAGCAGGAUGGAUUGGAAAAUUACGAUGGGAGCGAAGCCUUGGAGCCCUUGUGAGACAGAAGACUCAGCCAAUGACUCCUGAGGCAGUGAAGGCUAACUGGACAAAGAUCUGUGAUUUCGAUAAUGCCACCAAGCCUCGGAGUAUUCAAGAGUCCAUUGGCAGUAUAGUUGAAGCUCUAAAUAAAAUAAAUUCAGGUGAAGGAGUUUCAGCAAAUCAGACCAGUCAUGCAGCAUCAGCAGCCCCAUCUGGAUUUGCUGGAGCUAUUGGGCAUAAACUUCCUCCAUCUUAUGCUUCUUAUGCGGAACUGGACACUAUUAUGUAUGCCCUUGGAGUGGGAGCAUCAGUCAAGGAGCCAAAAGAUAUGAAGUUUAUUUAUGAAGGGAGUUCUGAUUUCUCCUGUUUGCCAACCUUCGGAGUUAUUCUUGCUCAGAAAUCUGUAAUGGGUGGAGGAUUAGCAGAGAUUCCUGGGCUUUCAAUCAACUUGGCAAAGAUUCUUCAUGGGGAGCAGUACUUGGAGUUAUAUAAACCAAUUCCCAGAGCAGGAAAAUUAAGAUGCGAACCACUUGUUGUUGAUAUCAUGGAUAAAGGAUCCGGUUUAGUACUGCUCCUGGAUGUCUACUCUUACUCUGAGGAGGAACUUAUAUGUUAUAAUCAGUUCUCCAUCUUUGUUGUUGGUUCUGGAGGCUUUGGUGGAAAACGGACAUCAGACAAAGCCAAGGCAGCUGUAGCCGUACCUGAUAGACCUCCUGAUGCUGUACUUACAGAUGCCACCUCACUUAAUCAGGCUGCUUUGUACCGGCUCAGUGGAGAUUGGAAUCCCUUACACAUUGAUCCUAACUUUGCUAGCUUAGCAGGUUUUGAUAAGCCUAUAUUACAUGGAUUAUGUACAUUUGGAUUUUCUGCCAGGCAUGUUUUACAGCAGUUUGCAGAUAAUGAUGUGUCGAGAUUCAAGGCAAUUAAGGUUCGUUUUGCAAAACCAGUAUACCCGGGACAGACUUUGCAGACUGAGAUGUGGAAGGAAGGAAAUAGAAUCCAUUUCCAAACCAAGAGUGAGCUGGUUUUUCCCCCCCCCUCUCAUACGCUUUAUAAGGUCCAAGAAACUGGAGACAUCGUAAUUUCAAAUGCAUAUGUGGAUCUUGUGCCAGUGUCUGCUGUUUCAGCGAAGACACCAUCUGAGGGUUCAGGGCUUCAGAGUACCCUUGUGUUUAAGGAAAUAGGUCGCCGCCUUCAGGAUAUUGGGCAAGAGGUGGUAAAGAAAGUCGGUGCUGUGUUUGAGUGGCAUAUCACUAAAGGUGAAAAUCCUGCAGCCAAGUGGACUAUUGACCUGAAAACUGGUUCUGGAAAAGUGUAUCAAGGCCCUGCAAAAGGCUCUGCUGAUGUAACCAUCACACUUUCAGAUGACGAUUUCAUGGAAGUAGUCUUGGGCAAGCUUGAUCCUCAGAAGGCAUUCUUUAGUGGCAGGCUGAAGGCCAGAGGGAAUAUCUUGCUGAGCCAGAAGCUCCAGAUGAUUCUUAAAGACUAUGCCAAGCUCUGAAGGAUGUGCUACGUUAUUAAUUACAACAGAAAAAUUAAAUACUCUCUUCACCUAAAUAUGCAGAAAUAAUCCAGCAAAAAUGAUCAAAAUUAAGGUACAGGGAGAAUUGCUUAACAUUUUCAGAAUCCAGAUAACCUUCAGAUUUUUAUUUUCUACUAAUUUUUCUUGUUAUUAUUUUUACAAGGAAUUGUAAGCUGGCACAUGUUUAUCCUUCUGUCCUUAGACCGAUGUCUUCAUAAUAAAAAUUUUCACCCAA